UAUCUAAUAAGCGGCUAUUUAAAAACAGUUCUGUGAUGUUACUACGGUUUUUGUUGUGGAUUGAUGAUGACACAGUCUAUUUUCAUACAGGUUGGCCAGUGCGGGAAUCAAAUCGGACAUCGCUUCUGGGACUUGGCUUUAAAAGAACAUUCAAGUACAAAUGAAAAAGGGCUUUAUGAUAGCGCCAUGUCCUCAUUUUUCCUAAGUAGUGCAGUUGCUGAUGGUGGCUUUACACCUAGAAUAUCUGACCUCAAAGCUCGGGCUUUGCUUGUAGAUAUGGAGGAAGGUGUUGUCAGCGAGAUGUUAAAGGGGCCUUUAAGAAAUCUGUACGAUGCACGUUAUUUUGUCACAGAUGUGUCGGGCUCUGGAAAUAACUGGGCAGUUGGAAAUCUGUAUUAUGGUCAGAUUCAUCAUGAAAAACUUUGCGAAUCAAUAAGGAAAUCUGCAGAAUCAUGUGACUAUCUACAGUGCUUCUUUGUCUUGCAUUCAAUGGGUGGUGGUACCGGUUCUGGAAUUGGUACUCAUAUUUUAAAAAUUCUUGCCGACAAUUAUCCAGAUGUGUACAGAAUGGACACCGCAGUAUUCCCUUCAGUGGACGACGAUGUGAUUACUUCUCCGUAUAAUACAGUUUUAGCCCUCAGUCAGAUUACUGAGUUUGCUGACUGUGUAUUGCCCAUUGAUAAUAUGGCUCUUUCAAAUAUCAUAAAGAGAGCUGAACGUUCUUCCGAACACUACUAUGGAAAUUUGCAAGCCACUAAGAACCCAGAGUUUAGUGCGAAGCCUGUCCGAUCAUCAAAACCUUUCGAUGAAAUGAACCACCAUGUAGCUAAUAUGCUUUUAAACCUUACAAGCUCCUCCCGUUUCGAAGGAACUAUGAAUGUUGAUUUAAAUGAAAUCAGCAUGAACUUAGUUCCAUUUCCUCGUCUACAUUAUCUCCUUACUGCACAAAGUCCCCUAUCCAUGAUAUCCCAAAAGUCGAUUCCUAAGAAACUCGACCAAAUUUUUGCGGAUGCAUUCACCAGAGAAUAUCAAUUAAUGUCAACUGAUCCUUGUCGAAAUAUUUAUUUGGCUGUGGCUUUACUUGUUCGUGGUGCAAUCAAUGCAUCAGAUCUUCGUCGAAAUAUUGAUAAACUUCAAUCCCGUUUACGUUUUGUUCCGUGGAAUCGAGAAGGCUGGAAAGUUGGACAUUGUUUAGUCCCACCAGUGAAUCAACAGUAUUCUCUACUGGCUAUUUCCAAUAAUACUUCUAUUCAUGAAUCAUUUAGCCUCAUCUUGGAACGGUUUCACAAACUAUACCGAAGAAAGGCUCAUUUACACCAUUACACAAGCGUGGAGGGUUUCGAUGUCAGCAUGUUUGACUCGAGUGCUAAUUCACUUCAAGACCUAGUAACUCAGUACAUUGAUUUUGAGAAACAAGGGAACAGUCAAAAUCUACCUAACUUACCACGACUAGAGAUUAUGGACUGAGUAACUGAGAAGCUGUAUACGUUCAAAUGCAACGGUUAUAAACUUAUGUACAUUUGCUUUUCCUAUUCCCUUGUAUCCUAAAUAUGACGGUACUAAUUGAUGUAAUCUUUUUAUCUUAAUAUGCUUAUCUUAUUUUUAUUUCUCUUAAUAAUUAUAUUUAUCAUAGGGAA